AUGUCAAACACAAUGGGUAAUACGUCGUGGAAGGCUCGGCGCGGUCUGCUGCGGGCUAUCGCUAAGUUGAACUCACGAUCUGAGCGGAAUGUCACUCUCACGUUCAAAUUGGAUUCCAGUGAAUUAACAGCACAUGGUGGAGCGAUAAGUGGAGAAAUUGCACUCAGUCGACUUUUGUUGUCUGCAUCGCAUAAGAGGAAUGUGAACCAGCCUCCUCGAAAUGGCGCAAAGAUUCAACUGCGUUGGUUGGCAGCACGAGUAGAAUGGAUGAGUCGAGCAGUGCUUAUUGGUCGAUGCGAAAAGCCUGCUAUCUCACUUGGAGACGAGUUUUCCCGAGAAAGGGAUGAUGAUGGAGAGGUAAAGAGGACUGCUCAGUUUUAG